UUAAAGUCAUUGUUCUGCGUUUCUGGCAUGUAAUCCCACCUAUCAUGUAGUUGGAAGCCAGCGGGCAUUCAUUUUUUUUAAUUUUUUUUUCCCAUCUUAUUCAUUAUAAACCUUGUCUUUGGCCUGCUUGAUCAUCUUUUCUUAUAAGCUACAAUGUUUGGCGUAUUUUUCUGUUAAGGUUGCUUUCAUCUACAUCACCAAUGACAAGACUUCCAGUAAGCGAAUCGGGUGUGAUUGCAUUCCGCAAAUUUAAUGAGGAAUUGAAACAUCCUGGAGUAUGGGAAUCAAAUGAAGGUGCUACAUCCGCGACAGAUAGCUCUCGAGAUAAUCUCGCUUCCUUGUAUCGUCCUCCCUUUCAGCUACUGUUCCAGGGUUUUUUUGAAAAGGCAAAGAGUGCUACUUCCGUCCAGGACAAAUGGCUCAUGGUGAACUUGCAAUCCAAUUCGGAGUUUAGCUCCCAUAUGGUAGUAUUUUUGCUGUGGUCUUUUUAUUUUAGGUUUAUUAUUAUUUUUGUUUUCUACUUGACUCACUUUUGGUGCAUAUGUCUUUACUUUGUGAAUUGA